AUGCAUGCACCACCACUAACAACAGAUACAGCAGAUACAGCAGAUAUACCAACAACAACAGAUACAGCAGGUAUACCAACAACAUCAGAUACAGCAGGUAUACCAACAACAUCAGAGACAGCAGACAUACCAACAUCAGAGACAGCAGGUAUACAAACAACAUCAGAUACAGCAGAUAUACCCAUAUCAACAGAUACAAAUGGGCAUAGGAAAUAUAUCAAGAACAAUACGGCAGAUUUUCAUAUACCAACAACAUCAGAGACAGCAGGUACACCAACAACAUCAGAGACAGCAGGUACAUCAACAUCAGAGACAGCAGGUAUACCAACAACAUCAGAGACAGCAGGUAUACCAACAACAUCAGAGACAGCAGGUAUACCAACAACAUCAGGUACACCAACAACAUCAGAGACAGCAGGUAUACCAACAACAUCAGAGACAGCAGGUAUACCAACAACAUCAGAGACAGCAGGUACACCAACAACAUCAGAGACAGCAGGUAUACCAACAACAUCAGAGACAGCAGGUAUACCAACAACAUCAGGUACACCAACAACAUCAGAGACAGCAAGUAUACCAACAACAUCAGAGACAGCAGGUAUAACAACAUCAGAGACAGCAGGUAUAACAACAACAGCAGAUACAGCAGGUAUAACAACAUCAGAGACAGCAGGUAUAACAACAACAUCAGAGACAGCAGGUAUACCAACAACAUCAGAGACAGCAGGUAUACCAACAACAUCAGAGACAGCAGGUAUACCAACAACAUCAGAUACAGCAGGUAUAACAACAACAUCAGAUACAGCAAGUAUAACAACAACAUCAGAGACAGCAGUUAUACCAACAACAUCAGAGACAGCAGGUACACCAACAUCAGAGACAGCAGGUAUACCAACAACAUCAGAGACAGCAGGUAUACCAACAACAUCAGAUACAGCAGGUAUAACAACAACAUCAGAGACAGCAGGUAUAACAACAACAUCAGAGACAGCAGAUAAAUUGUAUAACACCUAG